AUGGCUAUUAACGGCGUAGGAGAUGUUAUCGCAUUAGUUCAGAUCACCACACAGGUUGCAAGAACACUCCAUGGUGCCAAACAUGCACCGAGCGAGAUCAGACGCUUUCUCGAAGAGAUAGAUCGAUACCAGUCAUGCGUGGGAUCGGCUGCAAGCAGGCUUCGCCGGCAUGGUGCGAUCCUGAAAGCGCAUACCGACAUAAAGAGCAACAUCCAGGCAAUCCUCGAACAAUGCGCGGAGACAACCAACAAGUUGAAAAGUAUCGCGACAAAGUAUGAGCAUAUCGUGAAAAAGAAAGGGACUCCCCCCGGAACCGAUGCGGCCUGGCAGCAGUGGAUCGAAGCCUUCAAGGCCGUUUACCAGACAAUUGAAUGGACCACAAAAGCCGUUGUGGUCGACAAGCUCCGAUCAGAGCUGUCGCUGAACAUCCAGAUGCUAACCUGGCUGGAAGGCGGACUGGUAUCUGAACAAAUUGACCAACUAUCUGUCCAAAUGAGCAAUAUGCGGGAUAUGCUCGCCUUUGCUAUGUCAAGCUCAUCUCCAACCCCUUUGCCAAGCCCCUUUAGCCCAUCGCCCACUCCAACAUCGCCGUCGCUCACAACAAGGGGAUCUGGGAGUCACGUUAACUCUCCAGAACUUUCAUCAAACACGCAAACUCAGCUCAUGGUUCCGUUACGGCUGCCAGCUUCGACAUUCGACAACGACGAGAUCGACUUUGGCCAAGAUAUUGAUGACCAGCUGCAACUGCCAGACAGCUUUGUAGGGGUCACGCCCGGGGACCAGUACCGCCAUGUCAAGCUCGCGUCUAGCAAAGAACAAAAAGAAUUUGUCGAACAGCUUACUGCUCAUGCUAACUUUGCCGAAAUGUAUUUCAGUCCCAAAUCAUUAUGGGAUGAAGAAUCGUUGCUGACCGACUCCCAGACGAGUUGA